AUGAGCGGCGAGAGAGUAUAUGGUACCAACUGGAAGAUCAACAAGAUCAACAACCCAGAAAGCGCGAAAUGGAACAUCCGAGUCCCAGGCCCAGACAUGGUCAAUCUCAUCAACGGAUUCGCCCCCAGAGACAUGGACGACAAAUGGAUGUGCUGCACCAAAGGACCUGACGACGAGGGAAACAUUCUUGUCCGUAUCUGCAGAAGCUGGAGCAGUAACGAGAUCAUCGCACUCAAAGGACGUGUUGACUCGGAUGCACACAAGAACCCCAGAAUUAUUGGACAGAAGGGGGGAGAAAUCUUGGAGAUCGUGUGGGAACCUGGAAAGAAGGGUGAAUAUGAGCCUAUGAAUGAGAAGAGGGCGAAGGAAUUUGCGAUUGGAUUCUGUAAAGGUUUACUUAAAUGCGAGCUGAGACCGUAA